AGUUAGAAGUUGCGAUGAACAUUUACGUGCUAACGUUCCACGGGAAAUCAUUCCAAGCGGAAGUAUGUCUCAUUUAAAAAUUCUACGCGGCAAUUUAGCGCGCCAAAUUCUAAACAGAAUAUAUCCCAAUGAAUGUAAAAAAAUUAAACCGUCUGAAACUGUUUCUGUUUCUGUUCGAAAUUUAAAUCGAAACCUAGAUACGAAAACUGUGACAGUGUUAGAACAAAAUGUGUUAAGUUCGCCGUGGGGUGAAAUUACACCUGGGAAGGAAACGCUGACUGAACAUGUUUUUAAGGACAUUGAAUUAUGGACAGAUUCUCCUUGCGUGACAUGUGGGGCAACAGGUCGGUCUUACGAUUAUGGUAUGAUGCGUAUGAUGGUGGAACGCUGCGCUUGCGCCCUCGCCGGCCAUUUAAAAAUGGCCCCUGGUGAGAGGAUUGGUAUCAUCCUGCCGAACAUACCGGAGUUUGUCGUUCUUAUACAUGGCGCUAUGAGGGCUGGCCUAGUUGUUACAUUUGCCAAUCCAUUAUACACAACAGAUGAAGUGCGACGUCAAUUCUCUGAUUGCAAUGUGAAGGCAAUUGCAACUAUAGAAAUGUUCAUGCCGUUAGCACAGGAAGUUAGCAAGUCACUGACGGGCUACAAGGGCACCAUCUGGGUAGGUGGUGAUGAUGACACUGCUAAAGGCAUAUAUGGUCUCCGAUCACUUUUAAUGGCUGAUCAUAAGGCAGAUCUUCCAACAGUGGAUUGUGAAGAUGUGUGUUUGAUUCCUUACUCCAGCGGUACAACUGGUCUACCAAAAGGAGUCAUGUUGACCCAUAGGAAUUUAGUAUCUAAUCUAAAACAAGUUCAAACGCCUAAGAUAAUGAAAUAUGAAGGAGAAAAGGGUAAAGGUGACAUUGUUCUGACAGUACCGCCAUUUUUCCACAUUUAUGGAUUCAAUGCAAUUCUAAACUAUAAUUUACUAUUAGGAUACCAUCUUGUAUCCCUACCAAAGUUUACUCCAGAAGACUACGUAAAAUGUUUAGUCGAGUACAAACCCACAACGCUGUUUGUGGUACCAUCUCUACUGGCCUUCCUAACCACACAUCCCAUGGUUAAGAAGGAGCAUUUGCAAACAGUCGAGAGUGUCAUGGUCGGUGCCGCACCUACAACCAACAGUAUGUUCGAGAAGUUCUUGCUAAAAUGUGAAAAAACUAAGGACCAAUUAAAACUGCUUCAAGGCUACGGCAUGACGGAGAGCUCUCCCGUCACCCUGAUGACGCCGUACGAGUACCCGCCCGACAAGAUCGGCUCCGCGGGCCAGCUGGUGUCGUCCACGCAGGCGCGCGUGCUGGACCUGCGCGGCGGCGAGGCGCUGGGCCCGCAGCGCGCCGGCGAGCUGUGUCUGCGCGGCCCGCAGGUCAUGAAAGGUUAUUGGAAUAACGAGAAGGCUACCAAAGAAACUAUCGACAGCGAAGGCUGGCUGCACACUGGUGACGUCGCGUAUUAUGAUGAUGACCACUACUUCUACAUCGUUGACCGCACCAAAGAACUUAUCAAAGUCAAGGGCAACCAGGUAUCACCAACUGAAAUCGAGAGCGUGAUCAUGGAGCAGCCAGAAGUAGCAGAUGUCGCUGUAGUUGGGAUCCCUGACUCACUUGCAGGGGAAGUCCCAAAAGCUUUUGUCGUUUUAAAACCAAACCAUAAAUUAACGGAAAAGCAAGUUUAUGAUAUUGUUGCUCAAAAACUAACCAAAUACAAGCAUCUUGAGGGAGGUGUUGCAUUUUUAGAUGCUAUUCCUCGCAACACCGCCGGAAAAAUUAUGCGCAAUGAACUCAAAGUAUUAGGUAAAAAGAAAUAAAUAAAAUAUCAAGUUUUUAACUAGAUAGGUAGUAUAAUUUUUGUAAAUACAUAGUAAUUUGUAUACCAAUAUUUAAUUAGUAAUAUUUCGGUGUGGUUGUAUCUUUUUAUAACCUACUGUAAAUGACGUAAGAUAAAUGUGUAGUUGACUGCAUAAAAAAAUUUGUAUGUAAAUAGAUU